UUUAUAUCCUCCGCGUCUCAGUGUGAUUCUUGAGUGCGCAAAGAGGAAUGUAGCUGUUGGACUGAUCUUCGGCGCGGCGCUGCUGCUGGUGCGCCAUGGUGCUUUCUUUACUUACAUGCAGCUAAAAUAGGACAGCUCUGCCGGGGCUGCGCUCCACCACCGCGGGCUCUGCGAUGAUCAACACACUUCCUCACAGUUAGUGAAAGAGCGCGGGAGCGCAUUACAGCCGCCGCUUCUGGAUUUAUUCCGACAUGACUAACCUCCCUCACAGCCAGGACUGAGGCUGAACAGGGGCCAGUCUGGAAUAAUGGCAGAUAUUCUGGAGCUGCGAACAGAUGGUAACUCCUUGCUGAAGGCAGUUUGGCUGCGCCGUCUUCGGCUCACCCGCCUCCUUUUGGAGGGGGGUGCUUACAUCAACGAAAGUAAUGACCGUGGUGAAACACCCCUCAUGGUGGCCUGCAUGUCCAAACACACCGACCAACAGAGUGUCAGCAAAGCCAAGUUGGUCAAGUACCUUCUGGACAACAAAGCUGACCCCAACAUUCAGGACAAGGCAGGCAGAACAGCCCUCAUGCAUGCCUGUAGUCAGAGGGCUGGACAUGAGGUAGUGUCCCUACUGCUGACCAAUGGGGCAGAUCCCAGCCUGGAGGACCGCAGUGGAUCAUCUGCCUUGGUGUAUGCAGUCAAUGCGGACGAUAAAGAAACCCUCAAAGUGCUCCUGGAUGCCUGUAAAGCCAAGGGCAAGGAGGUCAUUAUUAUAACUACAGACAAGUCACCCUCUGGCACCAAAACCACCAAGCAGUACCUGAAUGUUCCUCCCUCUCCAGAGGAGAGAAACUCUCCUGUCCCAUGUGCCUCCCCUUCAGACAUUGACUUUCACACCUCUUCAUUCCCCAUAAAAGAAGAAGAAGAAAAAAACACUGUCUUCACCUUUCAGAGCAAGUUUAAGGCAUCCUCCUCCACAGCAGCCAAGCUUCCCAACGGCCCUACUUCCCCCAUCCGGAAACCUGGAAACCCAAAGCGAGCUCGCCUUCCACAGCUGAAACGCUUGCAGUCUGAGCCCUGGGGGCUAAUUGCACCGUCUGUACUGGCUGCCACCCAGGAGGAGAGUAAAAGAGCCAACAGUGAUGAGGAUGUCGUCAGUGGUGUCAAUGGACUGACUCUGUCCAAGAGAGCCCCUCUUUCUCGGCACAAUAGUGUGGAUGGCAAAGAGAUCCUGUUUCCAUUAGUGGGGGAGCAGUCUACCAAAAUCUCCCCUACUUCAUCCCUCCCCCCACCCUCCAAGGUCUCCUAUGAGAGAUCUUUAGGACAACAUCAGCCACUGGCACGUCGGAGCACCAUCCCAACUGAGCAGGAAAGUUCUGUAGGAACGACUGGGUCUGUCAGCCUCAGAGACACAAUGCAUCGGAGGAGACUGGGGAAUGAGCAGUACGAUUCAGAUUCCCAGUUGUACUCAGACUCUGGAAUGCUAGACUCCCCCAAGAUCCCCUUGGAGAGGAGGAAACUCAACACAUCACCACUGGCUAUGCUUACGGGCUCACGCGAGUCCCUGGACAGCAAUGCCAGCACUUCUUCUCCUAGCACCGCCAGACGCCGAGCUCCAGGGUUACUGGAACGGCGUGGGUCGGGAACUUUGCUUCUGGACUACAUUUCUCAUACACGGCCCGGUCACUUGCCCCCACUCAAUGUCAACCCCAACCCUCCUAUCCCAGACAUAGGUGCCAGCAGCAAGCCCUCAUCCCCACUCGCAGCAGGAUUCCGGUCUAUAGCUCCUGUAGCACCAAACUCACCAAAGAGAGGCAACCUCAGGAUGAAGAAGAAACUAGUUAGAAGGCACUCUAUGCAAGUGGAGCAGAUGAAGCAGCUUUCAGACUUCGAGGAGCUCAGCAAUCAGUGAUGGGAAUCAGCGUGUUCAGAUGUUGCAACUCCCGCAUCAAGAAAAGCAAGUCAGUGAUCAGACCCGGGAAUUAGUACGGUAAUGGAGUUCAGACAGUGUUACUAUUGAUUGCAGUCACUAAGCCAUUGGGAAUAAAGACACAGACACAACAAUAGACACACACUACACACACGGUUAACAGAUUGAUUUGCAUUUCCAUUCACCGCUGUGCCAUUAAAUUAGAACAAAAUACUGUACAAGAUAAGUAAAAUUAGUAAGAAUACUCCUUAAUACUACUCAGAAAAUGUAUUUGCAUUUAGAGAUUUGAUCUUCUAAGUAAGCGAAACUAAAGUUAUUUUCAAUUAAUACAUACACUCUACAUACUAUAUAUAAAUAUUCUAUAUAUAAUAUAUAGGUUAUUGUGACAUGGCUAUGACAUACAAUGACAAAAAGUAGCAACAGCAAGUAGCAACAGUGCAGUUUGCUAUUUAGCAAAAACACCAGUGUUCUUAAAGAGCAGGUGAAGCUUAACGCCAUUAUACACCUGCACAGAGUGAUCGAAUUUGACAGCUCGACUAUUGCUGCGUCUGGAAGCAAACUCUUCAUCUGUAAACAAAAGCAAAGAUAGAAUGAUGUGUCAAGAUAUCAAAGUCUAGACAUCUCUGUGAGAGACUUAUUAAAGGCAGCGGAGGAGAGCAAUUGUGAAAGCAGGCUGUCAGACCCAGUAGAGAGGUCACCAACAUAAUGCCCUUUAAAGCAGAGAGUUCUGAGAUCAAAUUAAACCCAAAAGAGUAGAGGAGAUAAGGAACAUACUGACUUUGACCACUACUAUCACUAUUGUACAGGUAGCCUACCUGUUAAAUAUCGCCAUUCUUUAUACAUGUGUGUAUAGUGUUAUCAUUUGAACUACACUAUGAGGAAAAAUACUGAUUAUUAUUGAGAUAAUCACUGAAUCUGUUUUGGAUGUGAUAAAAAAAAAUCUGUUUGGGUGCAAUAAUACAUGCAACACUGCAACAUCAUGACUUACUCCUUAAUGCAAGUUUGGCUCCUCCUUGGAGUUGUUCAGUUGACUUGUGGAACAUUUUGUCUUCACGGGUAGUUAGUAUGUUGUUUUAUUGAAGCCUUUCAUCACUGCAGUAUGAAGUACUGAAUGUUGUAGCUAUUUAGUAUAUAGUGCCUUUGGAGGAUGGGAAAGACGUUUCUGCCCAGCACUGGCUUCAAAGCCCCUUGAACAGUUUACUCAGUCAGUGUAUGAAACACAGUCUUAGGUUAAGGUUACUCUAUACAAUCAACAUGAACAUUGUGGUAAAAUUGGGCUUUCAUUUAUUUCUUUUAACUUAUUUUGUGUACAACAUACUUUCUAGUUUUCUAGUUUCCAAUUUGGAAGGCGCAUUACUUGAUUAGCCCCUACAUACAAGCCAUGGCCUCGCAACUUCCUGUGAAUGAUCAUGAAUGACUACAGCUUGUAGUUUAUCUGUGCAUACAUAAAAAGGGUUUGUUCAAUAGUACUUAUAGGAUUAACCAACACACAGUACAAUAGGAAAGUCCAAAGAGCUCAGACCUCAGAUCACACCCAAACUGUUGUCCCCUAGCUGAAGGAAAAGACACAGGCCUGCCAUGAACUGAAAGAUGCUGGAACAUCAGUGCCAAGAUGCUUGUACAUUUAAAAACUAUUGCCAACUGUUAAGCAUGGUGGUGGUAGCUUUGUGGCUGUUUAGCUUGCAGUAGAACUGUCACAUUACGAUGGAUAAAAUAAUGAAGGAGGACAACCUUAUAAUUAUUUGGCAUAAUCUCAAACCAUCAGCUAGUUGGUACAAGCAGGCUAAAAAUUGUAUGUUCCAACAGAACAAAGACCGCAAAUAUCAAAGGGUUAAAGCAAGUGAACAUUAAGCUUUUUGAAUAGACUUUCUGAUAUCAACCCAUUUGCCACGAAACCAACCAAUUUCAUUGAAGUGAUUAUAUCCUCCAAUCAGAGGUCUGCCAGAAACUUGUAGAAGGCUUCCAAAACUGUCUAUUUAUAGAUUGACUUUCCAAAAAAUAUAACUAGUUUACCAACUUCUUGUUUGAUGUGUGUUGUACAAUUGUUCUGCCCCAAAACAAGAAAAAAAAAAGAAAUAACUGAAAGCCCAAUAUUUUCAUGGCAUGUCCGAGUUGGGGAGUUGAGGAUAAGGUGGCCUCUGGACACUGAAUGCAAUCAAAUCCUCACAGAGUUCCAUAAUCUAGUAGAAAACCUUAUCCGGGAGGACAGUAGACAGUUACUCCAACAAAAGCAGGGUAAACUCUUUUUACGUCUGUAGCGGAACAUGUCUUUUGAUGCCAGUGAUCAAUUAGUAUCUCCUCAGUAUUCAUUGGAUCUUAAGCCUUUUUCUGGGAGACUCCCACAGUGUGUCUUUCCUGCUCUCCAAUCCCACCUGAUUCAACUCAUCAGCUAAUAAUGGAGCCCUUCACAUGCUGAAUCAGGGGUGUUAUAAAGACAAAGCUGUGCAGAGAAGAGGUCGCUGACAGCCUGGAAUCUGAGCAGAAUGUCAGUGUAGAUUCAUUCCCAUUCAGCCAAUUUAAGAUGAUAGAACAGAUGUGUAACUUUUUUGUGCAAUUGCAAAGUGCUUUAGAUCACUUGCUGCUAUAAUGUCUCCUAGCUGCUCCACUGAGUUAGUUCCUGAGUUGUUCUAGGGCUGCUAUUAAAAAUAAAUGUUGUGAAUUGUGAGAGUUAGCUGGCUAACUCUUUAAACGAUAGAAACCAUUUAGAAAAAUAUAGAUCAUAUAACCAGCAAUCAACAGAUGCAGUGCUCCUCCGUUUUCUGAUACAAUUCAGCCCACUCACAGGGUUUACAGUGUUCACAACUGAUACAGUAGCCUAUCUUUAAAUAAAAAAAUGUAUAUGUUUAAACAUAUAUAUUUAGACAACUUUAAAUGUGAAAAUCUGAAAUGUGUGAUGAUUUGACAGAUAUCACAAAAAAUACAUGACUUACACCAAAAAAAUCUACAUGGGUUCCAGAAAUAAUUCUAUUGGCUCAAUGUGGAAAUACUGUAUAUAUCCACAGGUGAGGCAUAACAGAUAAUAGACAACAAAACAAUAGCUUUCCCCUGAAAGACAUUGCUGUUCAUAGAGACACAAAAUAGAAUUUAGUUUACAUUUCUAAGUUCAUGAUGUCUUACAGUUAUUAAGUCUAUGUGAUCACAUGAAUAAAAACAUGACAGUUAUCACAUACAUAAAACUGUGAGACAGCACCAUUGGUUGUAAGGCUGAUGUUUACAUUGUACGAUGCAUAGUAUUUUUGUAUGUAGUACUCUGUAUAUUUUGAAUAAAUGUAUGUCUGCAAUGUU